AUGGAGAUUGAAAAACCGGAAUCAACUAUUGACGAGAUUGACGAGGGACUUUACUCUCGACAACUUUAUGUGCUUGGUCAUGAUGCCAUGAAAAAAAUGGGUACCUCAAACAUUCUUAUUGUAGGCUUAAAAGGUCUUGGUGUUGAAAUUGCCAAGAAUGUUGUUCUUGCUGGUGUCAAAAGUGUAACUCUUUACGAUCCUGAACCAGUAAAACUUUCAGAUUUAUCAACACAGUUUUUCCUAAGAGAGGAAGACAUUGGAAAACCAAGAGCUAUUGUGUCCGCCUCAAGGUUAGCUGAACUUAAUCAUUAUGUGCCUGUAUCUGUUCUUGAUGGUGAAUUGACAAAUGAUAAGAUAAAAAAUUUUCAAGUCGUUGUAUUAACAGAAACUCCUUUGAAAAAACAAUUGGAGAUUAAUGAUUUUACUCAUGCAAAUGGAAUAUGUUUCAUAUCAACUGAUAUCCGUGGUCUUUUUGGUGUUGUAUUUAAUGAUUUUGGUAAUGAAUUUGUUAUCAAUGACUCUACCGGUGAAGAUCCACUUGGCGGAAUGAUUGCUGCAGUCUCCAAAGAAUCAGAUAGUGUUGUAGCAUGCCUUGAUGAAUCACGUCAUGGUUUAGAGGAUGGUGAUUAUGUAACUUUUACAGAAAUAAAAGGGAUGGAAGAAUUAAAUAAUUGUGAACCAAGAAAAAUAAAAGUUCUUGGUCCGUAUACAUUUAGUAUUGGGGACACUUCAAGUUUUGGAAACUAUAUAAGUGGAGGUCUUUUUACUCAAGUUAAAAUGCCUAAAACAAUCCACUUUGCAUUAAAUGAAUUUGCAGAAAAAAACAAGGGUCUUCCGCGUCCACAUAACGAAGCUGAUGCAGAAGAAAUUAUAUGCUUAUCUAAAGAAAUUAAUGAGCAAUCUGAAGAAAAGAUUGAGAUUAAUGAAAAACUUUUAAAACAAUUGUCAUACGGAGCUCGUGGUGACUUAUCUCCAAUGGUUGCAUUUUUUGGUGGUUUAGUAGCUCAGGAAGUAUUGAAAGCAUGUAGUGGUAAAUUUUGUCCGAUUUUUCAAUAUAUGUAUUAUGAUUCUUUGGAAUCUUUACCAAACGGUGUUGUCCUCAAUGAAGAGAGUUGUGCUCCACGUGAUUCUCGUUAUGAUGGUCAAAUUGCAGUUUUUGGAAAUGAAUUUCAAGAAAAAAUUGCCAAUUUUAGAGAAUUUUUGGUCGGAUCGGGUGCUAUUGGGUGUGAAAUGUUAAAAAAUUGGGCCAUGAUGGGUUUAGGUACCGGACAUAGAGGUGUAAUUCAUAUCACUGAUAUGGAUACAAUUGAAAAAAGUAAUUUAAAUAGGCAAUUUUUAUUUAGACCUGGAGAUGUAGGGAAAUUAAAAUCUGAAACAGCAGCAGCGGCUAUUUCUAAGAUGAAUCCUCAUACAAGAAACAAAGUUAUAGUUUAUCAAGACCGUGUUGGUGCCGAGACAGAAAAUGUUUUCAAUGAUGAUUUCUUUGAAAAUUUAGAUGGUGUUACAAAUGCUCUGGACAAUGUUGAUGCACGAAGAUAUGUGGAUAGAAGGUGUGUGUAUUACAGAAAACCUUUAUUAGAAUCUGGAACUUUGGGUACAAAAGGCAACACGCAAGUUGUGAUUCCUUACUUAACAGAAUCCUAUUCAUCAUCACAAGAUCCUCCUGAAAAAUCUAUUCCAAGCUGUACACUAAAAAAUUUCCCUAAUGCUAUUGAACACACCAUUCAAUGGGCCCGUGAUCUUUUCGAGGGAUUAUUUAAAUCUCCGGCAGAAAAUGUCAAUUUAUAUUUAAGCCAACAAAAUUAUAUUGAUUCUGUCUUAAAACAAGGCGGAAAUUCCAAAGAAGUUAUAGAGAUAAUUAAAAAUUUUUUAGUUACAUCUAAGCCAUUAAGUUUUGAUAAUUGUAUUGUAUGGGGCAGAUUGAAGUUCGAAGAAUAUUUUAAUAAUAAUAUUCAACAAUUGCUUUUUAAUUUUCCAAAAGAUUCUCUUACAUCAUCGGGCACAAACUUUUGGUCAGCAGCAGCAAAUUUACACGCAUUUAAUUAUGGUUUAAAAGGGGAAAUUGAUCGUGAAUAUAUAAAAAGUGUUUUAAAUAAUGUAAUUGUACCUGAAUUUACACCAAGAGCUGGUGUAAAGAUUCAAGUUCAAGAAAAUGAGACAAUUCAACAAGCGAGUAUUGAUGAACAAGAAUUAGAAGAACUGAUUUCAAGUUUACCACAGCCAUCGUCACUAGCGGGAUAUCGAUUGAAUCCAGUGGAAUUCGAGAAAGAUGACGACUCAAAUUUUCAUAUUGACUUUAUUACAGCAACUUCGAAUUUGCGAGCAACAAAUUAUAGUAUUCAACCUGCUGAUCGUCAUAAAACAAAAUUCAUAGCUGGUAAAAUCAUUCCGGCAAUUGCAACAACAACUUCUUUGAUAACAGGUUUGGUUUGUUUAGAACUGUACAAGAUAAUUGCAGGAAAAAAUAAACUUGAAGAUUAUAAAAAUGGUUUUGUUAAUUUGGCAUUGCCAUUCAUCGGAUUUUCCGAACCUAUUGCUAUGCCGAAAUUCAAGUAUCAUGAUGUUGAAUGGAGCAUAUGGGAUCGGUUUGAAGUUGAUGGAGAUCUUACUCUUCAAGAAUUUUUGGAUCAUUUCAAAAAUCAACAUGAGCUUGAUGUUACCAUGUUAUCUUGCGGUGUUAGCAUGUUAUAUUCUUUCUUUUUAAUGGGAAAAAAAAGAGAAGAACGUCUAAGAAUGAGAAUAUCAAGAUUGAUUGAAACAAUUUCCAAGAAACCAGUUCCACCACAUGUCAGAGCACUUGUUCUAGAAAUGUGUGUCAAUGAUCGUAAUGAAGAAGAUGUUGAGUAA